AUGAGUGCCGAACCACCGUUCGUCCCAGAGACGAGCGUCUUAGCCGUCGCCAGCCAUGUUGUCUCAGGGAACGUUGGCAAUAAGAUCGCCGUCUUUGCGCUACAGUCUAUGGGCUGCGAUGUCUCUGCUAUGAAUACCGUGCAGUUCAGCAACCACACGGGUUACAAGCAAUGGAAAGGCACGCGUGUGUCAGCGCAGGAGAUCACAGAUCUAUGGGAAGGUCUCAAGCAGUCAUAUCUCGAUAACUUCGACAUGAUGCUUUCGGGGUACGUUCCCGGGGCAGCCGCCGUCGAGGCAGUCGGAAACAUCGGAAAGGAACUCAAGCACAAAUCGAAGGCUCAGAAACCAGGAAGCUUCUUCUGGGUGCUAGAUCCGGUCAUGGGUGACAAUGGCCGCCUAUAUGUCGCAGAGGAUGUAGUGCCUGCGUAUAAGAACCUGAUACAAUAUGCCGACCUUAUCUUACCCAAUCAGUUCGAAGCUGAACUCCUUUCUGGCGUAAAGAUUACCGAUUUUGCCUCUCUUGAGAAUGCGAUUCGAGUUCUACACCAAGACUUCGGCGUCCCUCACAUCGUUAUCACAUCCGUGUCCUUACCGUCCGCAAACUCAUCUCCUUCUACGGAGACAACCCGCACCAUGUCAGUCGUGGGUUCGACCAUGACUUCGGACCGACAGCCCCGGCUCUUCAGGAUCACGUUUCCAGUGUUUGAGUGCUACUUCAGCGGAACAGGAGACAUGUUCGCGGCACUGAUGGUAGCCCGCAUGCGCGAGGCGGUAACCAACUACGACAAGCAGAGCAAUGGGGAUGGAAACGGUCCCCUAGUGGAAAAGCUCUCGUGGCUUAGUCCCGACGACGCUGAUGCUCAGGACCUACCGCUCGCGAGGGCAGCAGAGAAGGUCCUGGCUAGUAUGCACGAGGUUUUAGAUCGUACAUGUGCGAGCUUAACAGCAGAGAUGGCAGAGAAGCAGAAAGACAAAAAUCUAGACGAGAAGGCACUACAUCUUAUAAAGUCGAGGGCUUCGGAGCUGAAACUCGCGAGAAAUCUGGGGAGUCUACGUAAUCCGAAGGUGGAAUACCGCGCGGAAAAGGUGUAA